CAUGGUCAUCUCUAUCCAGGUCCCAUUCAUGGGUCCAAAUAAAAGAGUGGAUUUGAAAAUCAUUAUUAUUGGAGCUUUGGGGGUAGGAAAAACCUCUCUUCUCCAUCAGUAUAUUCACAAAAGAUUUUAUGAAGACUAUCGCACCACUCUGGGAGCUAGUAUUUUGUCCAAAGUUAUGGAAGUAGACCACACACCACUGAAAUUGCAGAUUUGGGACACUGGAGGCCAGGAACGGUUCCGGUCUAUUGUGUCUACAUUCUACAAAGGUUCAGAUGGUUGCAUGCUGGCUUUCGAUGUCACAGAUAUGGAUUCUUUUGAGGCCUUGGAUGUUUGGAGGAAAGAUUUUCUUCAGAAAGUCAACUCUACAGAGCAAGGCUUCCCAAUGGUUGUGCUGGGAAACAAAAUUGAUCUGAAAGAUCGACAAGUGUCCAAAGAGGUGGCUUCAUCCUGGUGCAAGGAGAAGGAUGUAGCCUAUUUUGAAGUUAGUGCCAAAAAUGAUAUUAAUGUGGUACAGGCUUUUGAAACCUUGACAAGGCAAGCGCUAUCAAGAUAUCAAGGGGUGAUUGAGAACUACCUAACUGAAUCUAUAAAGCUCAGUCCGGAAGAUCAGCCCACAACCAAAUGUUGCUGACAUCCCGCAAAAUGAUUUUUGGAUACAGUCUGAAAGUUGGAACAUGGAACAGCUGCUGCUACUGGGAAUGCUGCCCAUCAGGGUAAAGGAUGAACUGAUAUAACAAUAUUGCCCUCUGGCAUCCCAGCAAAGAUGGAACAGACUGCUGGUGGUUACUGACCACACGGACAUUUAGGAAUAAGCAUCAAGUAUUAGGAAAAUAGUCACUGAGUUGAAAGAUUUAAGACCUUACUGUAUCAGUCAGAUCCUUCUCACAGAUGCCACUUUGAAGUUCAGAUCUAUGUUCCAGAACUCUCCAUGGAAUGACCUGAUCUCGUAUUGAAAUUGACUCCUAGAUUUUGUCAUGUUCUUUUGGUAAAAGUAUAGUAGGUAAAAUCUGGUCCAGCUUGAUGUUUUCCAGAUAUAGCUUAAUUCCCAGACACCACAUCUGAAGGUGCUAGAAUGGGUUGGGGAAAGCUGAUCUACAUAGUUCAGGCACUGCUACUUCAAUAAUAUGCAUAUGUAGGUAUACAUAGGUAUAGAUAUAUGUCUCAUUCCCACAAGUGUCAUGUGAGGUAAGUUGAGUUGAGAAAGAGUAACUUGCUGAAGACCAUUCAGUGUACUUCCAUGGUAGAGAGAUGACUAGAAUCUGAACCUUGCAUAGUCUAACAUUCAACUCCACACUCACAUCCUAGUGUACAACUCGAUUUCCCCUCUUGGUUCCUUCAAAAUGCAAUGUUAACUUUGAUUUUACAGCAGAAAUGCAAAACUUUUAAUAUUCUGUAUAAUAUUAAUAUUAUACAGAAUUGGAAACUAAUAUCACAUAGAUACAUGAUUCUUUUUGCAUAGAAACAGAGGCUCUUGAGCCAAAAAAUACUGUAAAACUAUAAAUGUAGACUCCAUUUUCAGGGUCCUUGUUUUUUGUAGGAGAUUAAUGCUUAUUUUAAGCAGUUCUACAGAGAAUUUUUUAAAAAAUUGUAAAGAAAAAGGAAAAAUUGGAAAAGGGAAUAUAAUAGAAUCAAUUUGUACAUGGAAAUAUAUAGCAGAGAUUUGAAAAAGGGAUUUCUUUUUUUAAAAAAAAUUUAAUGUGUAGUUCAUUCUUAUUAUUGUUCAAAGAUCCUGUUUUUUUACUGAAAAGAAUUUCAGAUAUGAAUUGUAUUGAAGCCAUUUUCAAAAAAGAUGUUUUCACAUUGAAUCAAUAUGGAAAUUUGAAGCAUAAUCAGGCCAAUUAUUGUCUGCCAGCCUGCUGUAUGCUUUUAUGUUGGAUAUACGGUACUUACCAGAAGGAAGAACUCAGGUACUGGGGGAAAUAUUUUCUUCCUGUAAGAGUUAAUGAUGCAUAUAUAUGGAUCUAGGAACAGAGUAAACUAACACACAAGAGAUAUAGAUCAGGUCAAGACUAGCUGAUGCAAAUAUCUGUUCUUUGCUCAAAUAAUGAUUGAAUGUAUCACCUUCUUUUAAACUGAGAGACUAGUCUCAUAUUGAAAAUAUACAGUUCAGCCAGUGCAGACAACAACCGUAAUAAAAUUAUUGUUAAGUUAAUAAGGAUUUUUAUUGAUUUCCAUCUUCUAAAAGGACCACGUGGAACCCGAACUGAUAUCUCAUUGCAAAUCAGAAUGAAUUGGGCAGGGAAAUACGAUCUCAUGAAUCUGUUCUGUAAAUAUUUUGUUGACUGUACUCCUUGAACACCUUGGAAUUCAGGUUUGGCUGGUGAGGACAUGGCCAAAUUCAUUUUUGGACAUUGUGCUGCCAACUCAAUUAAAAUCGAAUUUAAUAAAAAGAGAUGUGAAAUUAUUUACCUGGAAGAAAGAAAUCAAAUGCACAGUCAUAGGAUCAGUGCCUAGUAGUACUGUGCUGGAAUCCAUCUUAGAAUUUUAAUUGAGCAUACAAACUGUAUAUGGAUUAGUAGUGUGAUUGUGCAUAUAUAUGAAGAGCAUUGAUACAGUCUCAAAAUGUGUAUUUUGGGACUACAUUAAUAACUCAUAAGAGAUGGCAGUUAUUGUAUUGAGUACAGUAUUAUAGAUCUAAUUGAUCAAAAGUGGGGGGGAAUCUAACACUUAUCAAGAGAAGGGUGAGUCCCACAGCAGGACUGGAUUAUAGAUUUUUUGUUUGGAUCCCUGCAUUGAGGAGAAUUGGGAGCACAUCUAUAUUUCUGGGAACCCAGAUAUACCCUGCCUAUACCGAAGCACAAAGUAGAGCUUUCUAGAUAUCUAGGCAUCUAGAUAGCUACAAGUUGUUGGGCAGCUAAAGUACAGUCCAAAGAUAUGAACAUGUAAAAACAGUUUUCCUUAAAAAGAUUUUCCUAAACAUUUUUAAAAAGUCAGUUGUGGGACAGUAGCUCAUAAAAGUGAUUCAAGCAAAUUUCUUUGCCCACUACAAUUAUUAUACGGAAUGCUGCAUAUCCAGUUUAAUUAACCAAUUCACUUGUGUAUUCAAUAUUUACUACAGAAGAAAAAUCUAAUCAAGGAUGACUCCACAGUCAGUGUUAAUUAUAUAUAAGGUUUAAAUUCACAUAAUAAUAUGGUUUGUUUAAUUGUGACUUUUCUGAAUCCAGCCAUGGGUAUUUAUAAUCUAUGGUUUGUGUACCAAAUGGCAACCUUCCUGAGAUUCUGAAUUUAGGUAGGUCAAUAGUCACAAUGACAGGAUCAUAUUGUGUAAGGGGGCAGAACUGCAAUUUACAAUUCCCCCCCCUCUGCUACUUUUUUUUGGUUUAAAUCUUAGAUUUUUGUGUGUGUUGUGUGUUCUGCUUUAGAAUAUCAGAAUCUUGUGACCUUUUCACUUUAAUAUGAAUGUGACCAUAGCUCAGGACUGCUAAGACGAGAUUCAGGAUUCCAUUUCAGUUUCAAGGUGCCAUCCACGAUACAGACCUUAGUGUAUUAUACAAAACAUGGCAGUUGGAGUUUAUUUAAUAAAUCAUGGUUAUUAGAUCUAAGUCUCUAUUUGGGGUGCAACUAUCGCUCUGGAUAGCAAGAUGGAUGGCAUAUAAAUUCAAUAAAUAAAUAAUAACUCAGCAAAAGUAAAUCUGGUCGUUAAAACAGCAAAGAUAGUGGAUAGUGGAUAGAAUGACUAAUAUUUUCAACUCUCAUUUGUUUGGUUUCUCAACUGCUUUUCUAGUCAGGGUCAGUUUAGGCAACUGAGUUUAAAACAGUAUACAUGCUGGAUGGAUAUUUCUAGAAUACAUAUACAAUAUAACACCAACCCUUACUUAUCCCAACCACUAAAUAUCUACUUAAAUACAAACAUCUUGCAUCACUUCUGGAAGGUCUCCAGUCUGCUCUUAAGUUUUAUGGCAGGAAAGAGAAUUUCUUUUCUCUCAAGGCCCAUAUACCCACAAUGAGUAAGAGAAACCAUCCCUCUUCUGUUUCCCUCCUUUUCCCAACCAGUGGGAUAUAGACAUGUCAUUAUUGUCCAAAAUCUGAGCUAACACGCAGAUCUGUUAAUACAUUUUAAUUUCAGGCCCAUGGGAAAAGGAAGGUAGGAUUAUACUUGAAUGACUUUAUCAGAAUUUGGCAUUGGGGGUACAAUCAGUAGCUUGAGAAAGAAGGCCCAAGUUGGAUUGGAACUGUGGAGUGGGGUUGUAGAGAUUUUACCAGCCCCGAGCCCUCUCGUGUAUACUGCAGUAUAAUAACAAUCUUAAGGUGAACCAUAGCUCACAUCUUCAUGGCUUAAGAGUCAUGGUGGCACAGUGGUUAGAAUGCAGUAUUCAGCUCACUGCCAGGACUUUGAUCCUCACCAUCUCAAGGUUGACUCAGCCUUCCAUCCUUCUGAGAUUGUAAAAUGACCCAGAUUGUUGGGGGGAAAUAUGCUGAUUCUGUAAAGUGCUUAGAGAGUAAAACACUGUGAAGUGCUAUGUGAGUCUAAGUAUUAUUGCUCACCAUCCAAAAAGGGAAAAAAGGCAGGUAUAUAGUGCUUGGCUGUUAAUAAUGCAAUUGUCCUUCCUAUUUGGCAUUUAGCCUUGUAUUUUUUUAAAGACUUCCACAAAAUAUUGUCCUGCUAUAACUACUAGUAACACUGUAAUCCCAUUUUUCUUAAAUGUAUAGGACAGUGCUUCCCAAACCUUGAUAAAUUGCUCAAAAUUGAAUAAAAGUGUCAUUGUUUCCCUUUGGGUAAGAGCACACAAACCCAUCACCCAAUCACAACAGGAACAUGUACAUUGACUUGAAAGUUUUUACGGUUGGGUAAAAGGUUUUUCUGAUAAGCACUGUCUCUAAUAAGCAUUUUUCAUAGUGAAGGAAAAUGUUUGGGAAGCACUGGUAUAGGGUAAGAAUGGUUGGAAGUUUUAUGGAUCCUACCACUCUUUAUUUCAUCAGGAAAAGUAGAAAUGCAGGGAGAUGUAGACCCUCUGACCCCCAAAUAAAAUCAUUUAUGGCGGCAAGAAGUUUAGUGCUUUAUGUGAUUCCAAGUAACCAGUGUGAACUCUAUAGAGAAAGGCUGUAGUAGCAACUUUAGUUCUGUUUCCUUACCUUGCAGCUUUUGGAGAUGAGUUGACUUUGCAUGCAAAGAAGCUCCAGAUCUUUCCUAACGACCCUGGCACCUGGGCAGUAUUGCCCAUUGAGUAAUAAUAUUGGCUUUC